AGACUGCUGGUCGUGAGGAUGUUGUCAAUGGGGCAGAUCAGUUGGUGUUUGUGGGCUCCACUGGUGUUACUGGCUCUUGUUUCCUAUUACCCCAGUAAGGCACAGGGUCAAGUUCCAGCUCCAAGGAGGCUGCGUUUCAAAGCGCUGAGCUCAAGCAAACUCCUUGUUUCAUGGAAGGAGCCCAAAGGAGACUUUGACAGCUAUCUGCUUUUCUACAAAAGUAUACCAGGUGGUCAGCAGAAGGAGAUCAUAGUAUCUAAAUCAGACACCAACGUGUUGAUAACAGACUACAAUCCUUCUAAAAUCUACACUUUCAGUGUCAUUGCAGUCAGCGGCAACAAGCAGAGCAGACCUCUUCAGGGCAGAUAUAAAGGUGAAAGAAGUGAGAGUGACAAGGCUGAGCCCCAGACGUUCACUGAUUCAGUUGCUCCUCCGAGGAAUGCCAACGAGAUCUUAGGAGCUGACCAGUUUGUGUGCCACACUGAGGCCAUUGCCGAUAUUGUGAUCCUGGUGGAUGGCUCCUGGAGUAUUGGCCGGCUAAACUUCAGGCUGGUCCGUACGUUCUUGGAGAACCUGGUGAAUGCCUUUGAUGUUGGCAUUGAUAAAACAAGAAUAGGUCUUGCACAGUACAGUGGUGAUCCCAGGAUCGAGUGGCAUUUAAAUUCUUUCUCAACUAAAGAUGCAGUAGUUGAUGCUGUCAGGAACCUGCCCUAUAAAGGAGGAAACACUCUCACAGGCCUUGCAUUGACUUUUAUUUUGGAGAACUGUUUCAAGCCUGAGUCUGGUGCACGGCCUGGUAUACCCAAGAUUGGGAUCCUGAUCACAGAUGGAAAGUCUCAGGAUGAUGUUAUACCACCAGCAGAGGAACUGCAAAAUGCUGGUGUUGAGCUGUUUGCUAUAGGUGUAAAGAAUGCUGAUGAGAACGAGUUACGCUCCAUCGCCUCAGAGCCGGACAGCACUCAUGUAUACAAUGUGGCUGACUUCAACGUCAUGAGCUCUAUUGUAGGGGGACUAACAAAAACAGUGUGCAAACAGGUGGAGCAGCAAGACAAAGACAUCAAGCAGAAACACAUUCCAGAGACAACAGGAAUGCCAUUUGACCUAGUGACAUCAGAUAUCACAGCCCAAAGCUUUCGGGUCUCUUGGAGACACGCCCCUGGAAAUGUAGAGAAAUACAGAGUGGUGUAUUAUCCCUCUCAGGGAGAAGCCCCACAGGAGGCUGUAGUGGUCGGCAGUGAGUCUUCAGUGGUGUUACAGCAUCUUAGCUCCCUCACCGAGUACCAACUGGCUGUGUUUGCUGUGUAUGCAAACAAGGCAAGCGAACCUCUGAGAGGAUCAGAAACAACCCUGGCUUUUCCCACAGUUACCAGGCUCCAGCUGUUUGAUGUCAGUCACAACACCAUGAAAGUAAGAUGGGACAGUGUGGAUGGAGUCUCUGGCUACAUGCUGGUGUAUGCACCUCAGACAUUUGAUGGUGACUUGGAGAAGAAGGAGAUAAAGGUUUCGGAUGCAGUGACAGAGGUGGAGCUGGAUGGGCUGAUCCCUCACACUGAAUACACUGUCACUGUUUAUGCCAUGUUUGGAGAGGAGGCCAGUCACCCUGCUACAAACCAGGAAACCACAUUACCACUGAGUCUUCCCAGCAACCUCCAGUUUUCUGACAUCACACAUAACUCCGCCCACAUCAGCUGGGACCCCGCACCCAGUGGAGUUAAUGGUUACCGCAUCAUGUGGGACAAGACAGACGGACUAGUCACAGACGAGGUGGAGGUUGGUCCAGUGAGUUCUUAUGACCUCAGCGAGCUGACAUCUCUGACGGAGUACUCAGUGGCCAUCUUUGCCCUGUACGACGAGGGCCAAUCAGAGCCGCUCACCGAUGCGUUCACUACCACCCCAGUUCCUGGUCCUCUGAAUCUACACUCCAGUGAAGUCAGCACAGACAGCUUUAAGGUCAGCUGGGAUCACUCAGCCAGUGACAUUAUCCUCUACAGACUCUCCUGGGCACCGUUUGAAGGUGGCGACACAAAAGAGGUGGUCUUGAGUGGAAGUGAUAACAGAUACACACUGCGCGGUCUCAGUCCCUCCACUGAGUAUGAAGUUAUGCUGACAGCCAUAUUCAAAGACAGAUCUGAGAGUGAUACAGUGUUUGUCACUGAGACCACAUUGGCCAAGACAACAACACUUGCUACCACAACCACAGUGGCGCGUCAGGCUGUGAGAAAUCUUCAGCUGAGUGACGAGACCACCCAGAGCUUAGAUGCUUCGUGGGAGCUGGAAGACCCCAGCGUGGAGAGCUACAGGGUCGCUUACACAAGUCUCAGCGGAGAUCACGAGGAGUCUAUGUCAGUUUCAGGAGGUCAGAGGAGAGCAGUCCUCGAGCCUUUACAAUCAGACACCCGCUACAAAGUGACGGUCACACCAGUGUACAGCGAUGGGCAAGAUGGUCUCAGUGCCUCUGCCAUUGGUUCCACAUUGCCACUCUUGCCUCCUGAAAAUCUGCGUGUGUCAGAGGAGUGGUACAACCGGUUCAGGGUCACUUGGGAUCCAUCUCAGUCUCCUGCAGAGGGUUACAAAAUCAUCUACCAGCCCAUAUAUGUUCAGGGUCCAGUAUUGGAGACAACAGUGGAUGAAGAUGUGAACUCCAUGCUUAUUGUCAAUCUACAAAGUGGGACAGAGUACAGCGUCCGAGUGAAGGCUUCCUACCCUGCAGGAGAAAGUGAACCACAGCUAAUAAAUGCCAAAACAUUGUUCCUCGGUGUGUCUGGCUUGUCAACCUACCAGGUGCGACCCAACAGCAUGUGUGUUCAGUGGCAGCCUCUUCUACAUGCUACAGUAUACAGAAUCUCUAUACAGUCCACACUCAAUGGUCAGAGGCAGGAAGUGAGGCUGGGAGGUGGAGCUUCCCGACAUUGCUUUUACGACCUCACUCCUAGUAGCCAAUACCAGAUCAGCGUUCACACGCAAAUACAAGAAAUGGAGGGACCGGCCGUCUCCAUCACUGACAUGACACCGCCAGCACCCACUCAGGCUCCGACUGAACCACCCACUACAGAGCCCCCUCCCACCAUCCCACCAGCUAAAGAGGUAUGUAAGGAGGCCAAGGCUGACCUGGCGUUCCUGGUCGAUGGCUCCUGGUCCAUUGGAGAUGACAACUUCAUGAAGAUCACACAUUUUCUCUACAGCACCAUGGGAUCACUGGAUCUGAUUGGACCAGAUGGCACCCAGGUGGCCGUUGCUCAGUUCAGCGAUGAUGCUCGGACCGAAUUCCAGCUGAGUUCUCAUAGCAACAAGGAAGCACUGCUGGAGGCUAUUCAGAGAAUCAGAUAUAAAGGAGGAAACACUAAGACAGGUAGAGCCAUCAAACAUGUGAAGGAGUCUAUUUUCACCUCAGAAGCGGGAGCCAGAAGAGGAGUUCCAAAAGUCCUGGUUGUUCUGACUGAUGGACGUUCACAAGAUGAUGUCAACAAAGUGUCCAAGGAGAUGCAGGUGGAGGGCUACAUCAUCUUCGCAAUUGGCUUUGCGGACGCAGACUAUGGCGAGCUGGUGAAUAUUGCCAGCAAACCCAGUGACAGACACGUCUUUUUUGUGGAUGAUUUGGAUGCUGUGAAGAAAAUAGAAGAGCAGCUCAUUACCUUUGUCUGUGAGGCUGCCACUGCCACUUGUCCGUCUGUUUUGAUGAGUGGUAACACGCUGGCAGGUUUCCGUAUGAUGGAGAAGUUCGGCCUGGUAGAGAAGGAGUACAGCACCAUUCCUGGAGUUUCUCUGGAGCCGGGUUCAUUCAACAGCUUCCCCUGCUACAGGUUACACCGUGAUGCCCUGGUGUCUCAGCCCACCAAGUAUCUUCACCCUGAGGGUUUACCAUCUGACUACACUAUUUCUAUGAUGCUCCGCCUACUUCCUGAGACCCCACAGGAACCUUUUGCAUUGUGGGAAAUCCUCAACAAGGACAACGAACCGUUGGUUGGACUCAUUCUUGACAACUCUGGAAAGACACUGACGUUCUUUAACCAUGACUACAAAGGAGACUUUCAGACAGCUACCUUUGAAGGGGCAGCGAUCAAAAAAAUCUUCCAUGGCAGCUUUCACAAGCUCCAUGUAACCAUCAGCAAGACGUCUGUGAAGGUGGUGCUGGAUUGCUCCGUGGUUGGGGAGAAAUACAUUCUUGCAGCUGGUAACAUCACCAUCGAUGGAAUGGAAAUCCUUGGAAGGAUGGUUCGAUCCAGAGGUAGACAAGACAGCUCUGCUCCGUUCCAGCUCCAGAUGUUUGAUAUUAUGUGCAGUACCUCCUGGGCCAGCAGAGAUAAGUGUUGUGAACUGCCAGCAUUGAGAGUUGAAGAGCAGUGCCCUCCCAUGCCCCAUGCCUGCACCUGCUCUCAGGACAGUAAAGGACCACCAGGACCCUCUGGACCACCUGGUGGUCCAGGCAUACGAGGAGCCAGGGGAGACAGAGGCGAGCCAGGAGUGACGGGACCUCAAGGGCCUGUAGGAGAAAUUGGCCCUUCUGGACCUUCAGGACCGCCUGGUCCUCAAGGACCCAGUGGGCUCUCCAUUCAGGGACCUCCGGGUGCUUCUGGGGAGAAGGGAGAGAGAGGAGAGAUCGGCCCUGCCGGUCCAAUGGGAGUUCCUGGAAGUCCUGGCUCGCCUGGUAGAGAUGGUCCCCCAGGAGCAAGGGGUCUGCCGGGUAAUAAUGGACCACAAGGACAACAAGGACCCCCUGGGCCAGUUGGAGCCCCGGGAGCGCCAGGAGCUCCGGGACCGGGUGGACCAUCAGGGAUGCCAGGGGAUCGAGGAGUUCCUGGUCCUGCUGGUACCAAAGGCGAUAAAGGAGAAAGAGGUGAUGUGCAGUCCCAGGCCUCUGUGCGAGCUAUUGCACGCCAAGUGUGUGAACAGCUUAUCCAGAGCCACUUGUCGCACUAUAACUCCAUCCUGAACCAGAUCCCCAUGCAGUCGGCGGUGUCCGUCCGAACAGUACCCGGACCACCUGGAGAGCCGGGUAGGAGAGGCCCCCCGGGUCCUCAGGGAGAGCAAGGUCCACCCGGGAGGCCAGGCUUUCCUGGUACUAACGGCCAGAACGGCCGACCAGGCGAGAGAGGUCUGCCAGGAGAGAAGGGAGAAAGGGGGAUUACAGGGGUUGGGACUCAGGGGCCUCGAGGACCACCCGGACCUCCUGGUUUGUCAGGUGAAGGACGGACAGGCAGCCAGGGCCCACCUGGUCGGCCUGGUAACCCAGGGACACCGGGGAGGCCAGGGAAUCCAGGUAGCACAGGACCAGCUGGCCCCCCAGGAUACUGUGACCCAAACUCCUGUCUGGGAUACAACAUCGGAGUUCAACAGGACUAUAGGAAUGACUACUGAGGAGCAUUCUCGAAUCGUCCUCCUCUCCUCCUCCUGUGCUCACCUCCUUCUGUGCCCUGUUUAAAAAAGAAAAGACUAGAAACUGAAGAAAUUUGAUAACUCCAGUUAUUCCCCAAAGGGUGCCAUAUUUCCUGGGAUGCAUAAGUCCUGACAGUCUUAGUACUGUAAUCCCUGCAGCAGCGGUUAUCACGUUUUCAUUCUCUGGAGACCUUUUUUUUUUUUUUUUUUUUAAAGCACAUUAUUUUAAAAGAAGGUGGUUUCCUCAUUUUAGGAAUCUUUAUGCCAUCAUUUGGUGCAAGUUUUUAGACACAUUUUUCACACCAGAUUUUCGGUCUUCAUCCAAAAGUCCCCUGUGAGUCAAAUUUCUUGAUAAGAACUGGUUCAUUAAACUAGCCUUUUCCUGUGUGAAGGACAAAAUAUGAUCAACUUGACUCACCUUUCCACAAAACUGAAAAAGUGGCCACCACUCAUCAACAAACAGGGCUAUCUGUCAGCAGAUGCUCGCAUAUGCAAAGCUUUGCUGCCGCAGCCUUCGCUUCACCCUGCUUCGAACUCAGAUCUCGUAAAAGCUAAUCUCAUCUUUCAAAGCCGGAUGAAUCAGCUAAAUAGUGAUGGAUUGCUUUGAUGCUGACUGGCUGCUUUCAUUACUGAACAUCCCAGCUAUCAGUGCAUCUCACAUUCUGCAAAGAUGGGCAGAAAAUCUCAGUUUUUACCCUUAAUAUAAUGUGAUCAUUUUCAUUUCUGGAAAAAUAAUCACAUCUGGGAGAUUCAGGGCAGAGAUUAGAUGUUUCUUCACUUCCAUUAAACUACUUCCUCAUUAACCCAAUCUUUUGGACUCUGUCCCGGGUCCUGAAUCUGCCUCUGCAGCCCCAGAGAAGUCAUUUCACCAUCAAAGAAGUAAGAAUUAUUGACUGGUUGAAAUGAUUUUAACCUGCUGUAAAGCUAUAACAGAAUUUGUGCAUGCCUCACUUUCCUGCUGUGCUUCUCUCUUUUGUAAUCUUUUAUACCACACUCUUGUGUUGGCCUUAACCUCACUCCACGCUCUUGUGUAGUACUGGCUUUAUGUUUGCUGAUGCAGAAACACUCCAACUGAUCCUAAAUAUUCCCACCACCCUAGUCCACGCUUUGCCUCACGACACCUACCAUCCCUACAAUCAGCCACCCCACCCGGCCGCAGAGGCUUAUGACGACCUAGGAGGGGACGAGGAGGAGGAUGAGGAGGAGCGGGACCCCUAUUAUCAUGGUUACCCCCCUCAGUACUACCCCCAACAGCCUUCUCACCUGGCUCACGGUCACCAUGGUUACGACUUAAGCCCCACCUACUCUGAAGACAUGGAGCUGAGGUCACCGGGCGUUGCCAGGAGGUUUUUGCGUGAUGUUGUCGUCAUGGAGGAGAGCGAGGAGGGAGGACUUUAGAGGAAGGACAAACUAAAGUGAUCGAGCCAUGCACAACACAACAGAGAUAUUCGCAAACAGCUGAGACACUGGCACACACACAAAACACCUGAAACUGUGGUGAGAACCUCCAUCCCUUCCCUCCUGUGUCCCCCACCCCACCAGGUGAAACAUUGUAAAUAGCUUUGUGGACUCUUGUACCAUAUCUCUGUCAAAGGGAGGUCCAAAAAGUGCCUGAUCUGUGUUAGCAUCACCCACUGGUAAUGUAAAGGUAAGACCUGUUCCUUCCCAUCUCACAGCCAAUUUAACAACUUUUGUAUGAAACUGCAUGGAAGUUGCCACGUGUCUUGUUUUGGUUGUAACUAGAUGGGUUAUUUUAGUUCAGAUUAUCAGUGAUGAUGAGUUGGUAACAUCUGUGCAGGCUGCUUUUAUAAUGACGAAUCACAUUUCCUCUGGUUGUCUUUACGUUAGGAUUGUUGAAAAGUGGUGUUCUUAGUUGACAUGAAAUGCAGAGCCAGAUUAAUCCCCCCCCCCCCCCCCCAA